GGAUUUUCGAAGCGAGAGCUCGGAACGCGGGGUAGAGGCCGCUGCGACCUCUGUCCUGAUUCGGGUGGAGGACAUGACGACGUCGCAGUCUCUAGUCGACAGAAAUCCGGCUCAGAGCCCGAAGAUAUAUGCGGAGAGGGUUACACUUGUGCGGCAAUCUGUUCGAAGUAUCCAUCAUGAUCGACAGCGACCGCCAUCUCCAGUGCAGCAACACGCCCACCGGGCAGAUACAAAUGCCGUUACCGUCCACAAUGAAUCCGAGAAUGUGUGAAGCAAGUCCCCAACCUCCUCCACGUCCAAUAUGGCAUCCUGGAUAGCUCUCUUGCUGUUUGGGCUGGGUGCAGCCACGGCGCAACAAUACUACAUCCCGGUGUCAGGCAUAUCAGCAAGACCUCAAUGCACGGCCACGCCAUCCUACUCACAGCCCACGUACUCACCAUACUCUGCGUUUGCGUAUUCCAUGACAGAGACAGUACGGACUGCCACAUCAGUACAGCCGGGCCCUACCACGACGUAUGCGCCACCCGCCGCAUCGCUGACAAGCCUCAUCUCGUCGCUGUCGUUCACAACGUGGGGCAAAUGGGAUCCUAACGCUACAGUCUCCGCUACGGAUACGGACAAUCCCUACGGAGAUGCGGCGUGGACCGCACUGUGGAAGAUGGCCAAUCCUCCCAACUUCACAGAGACGUCAGUCUUCAGCACAACCGUCUCGCCAACUCCCAUCCCCACAAGCGAGCUCGUACUGCCACCUUCAGACUACUUCGGACCGACGGACUGCUAUUACUUCCCGGCCGAUUUUCAGUUUGGCGUUGCAGGGUCCGCUGCUCAAAUCGAAGGAGCAACCGCUGACGAAGGCAAAGCCCCUUCGCUCAUGGACAUUUUGAUUCAGGAUGAUCGACCAAAGGACUAUGUCACAAACGAAAACUAUUACUAUUACAAGCAAGAAAUAGAAAGGCUAGCCUCGAUGGGCGUCAAGUACUAUUCUUUCAGUCUUGCAUGGAGUCGAAUCCUGCCUUUUGCCCUACCUGGAACCCCCGUCAAUCAGCAGGGUCUCGACCACUACUCUGACAUGAUCGAUUUUGUGCUUGAGAAGGGCAUGAUCCCUGCGGUCACCAUUCUACAUUUCGACACUCCGGCGCAGUUCUUUGCCGCCAACCUGUCGGCGGCUCAAGCGAAACCGGUGAUAGGCUAUUCAAACGGUGGGUAUCAGAACGAGACGUUUGUCGACGCCUACGUCAACUACGCGAAGAUUGUUAUGACACAGUACGCCGACCGCGUGCCCAUCUGGUUCACCUUCAACGAGCCUUUCAUCUACUCCUUCAAUGGCCUCUCGGUCGACCAUGUGCUCAAAGCCCACGCGCAAGUUUAUCACUUCUACAAAGAAUCGAUCAACGGGACUGGCAAAAUAUCGCUCAAGUUCAACGACAACUUUGGCGUGCCCCGCGAUCCUGCCAAUCCGAACGACGUCUACGCUGCGGACCACUUCAACUCGUUCCAACUGGGGAUGUUCUGCAACCCGAUAUUUCUGGGCCAAGACUAUCCAGACAGCUACAAAGACACAGUCCCCGAUUAUGUGCCGCUUACCCCAGAGGAUUUGAGCUAUAUCAACGGCACUGCCGAUUUUCUUGGUAUUGACCCAUACACGGCCACCGUCGUCUCCCCACCAGUCGCCAACUCGACCGACUCGAUCCACGAAUGCUGCGGCAACAUGUCCAGCACAUACUUCCCGUACUGCGUGAACCAGAGCACCCUGACAACGACGGGCUGGGACAUCGGCUACCGCUCGCAGUCGUACGUCUACAUCACGCCGCGCUACCUGCGCCUGUACCUGUCGUACCUGUACAACACGUUCCACACGCCCAUCGUCAUCACCGAGUUCGGCUUCCCCGUCUUUGGCGAGGACGACCAGACCGCCCUGAGCGACCAGCUCUUCGACAUGCCCCGCUCCGUCUACUACCUCUCGUACAUGACCGAGGUGCUCAAGUCCAUCUGGGAGGACGGCGUGCACGUCGCGGGCGCCUUCGCGUGGAGCUUCGCCGACAACUGGGAGUUUGGCGACUACACCGCGCACUUUGGCCUGCAGACCGUCAACAGGACCACGCAGGAGAGGCGGUACAAGAAGAGUUUCUUCGACCUGGUCGACUUCAUGAACACCCGCACGAUGCCCCAGCAGGAGGGGUGGUCGGGGGGAUGGAACUUCUGAACCAGGUGCGAUCCGGGCCCUGGACGUGUCGGUUUCGAGGAAGCGUGGAUGAUCAGAAGCUACCGCUUGCACAUGGACGACGCGCGGAAACAAUCACGUCCCCACGUGCGGGAUCCGCCC